UACAUUACGAAAGUAACGUGUAUAGUGUCACCUGGUUAGCCAUAUGCUUAGUUGGGGGGAGGCUAAUUAGCUAGCUUCCACUUAGCGGCCCAGCUAGUUAGCUUCCUCGUGUAUCCUUGAUAGUUGAGCUAAAGGCUAACAGCAAAAGCUACCUGUGUAAAUAUGGGUUUAGAGACGUGACGAAGUGCAAUGUCACGCUCCUCCAAACCUCGACUGUCUCAUUUACAUUUGAAUCCGCGCGUAGCGUCUUGAGUAAUAUUUCUUCUUGCAGCUCAGGUAGCUAACCCUAAUGCUUGUCCCGCAGCAGCCAACGCCUUCUUUACUUAAAUGCAUGUUUUGUUUAUCUCGAUUAUAGCUUGUCUUUUACCCUAUGUUCCCUACAGUGGUGCAGCUUUUAUCACCUGCUUUUCAUAGGAACUCAUUCUGUGGCUUUGUAGGCCACGGAGAGAGACCUGUGUGACCUGUUGCACGUCUUAAAAGUGUAAUGUUUUGCCCAAGGAGUGUCCACGUUUGUUUUUCCAACAGUGUCCCUUAUUAUGGCAGCUGCUAAGCAUGUCUGGAAACGGGGAGUUUUUAGACUGCACAGGAAUAAAUCCAAUGGCUUUCUGUGAUCCUGCUGGCAUCUGUCUGCUGAAAAGAACAUGAAGCAGGUGGAAAAUAUAAAUAAGGACGAAUUAGAUAAAGAAAGAUUUCAAGUGCAUUACAAAGUACGCAGUCCAGUCACAGCGAAGCGAUUGUCAUCUUGCAAGAGGAAAGGUUGUCCACAGGGGGAGGUGGGCUCAAAGCUGCACCGCAGAUCAUCAGAUGUGGGCCGUGCCCGUGACCCCGGCAUGGCCAACAAAGAAAAUGAGCUGACAUGCUCCGAUGAUGUGCGGGGCAUUCGCUACAAUGACAACUGUGGGCUCCCUGUGAACUCUGCAAAGGCCUCCAAGAUGGCAGGGGCCACCUCCAAGUAUGGUGACUUCACUGAGCUAUCAAAGGACCAUGAAACCAUGACUCAUGUUCUUUUUGGAAGAAAUCUGCGACUCAAAGUUGCCCUUACACUAUGGAAACGAAAUGCCAGUGAAUUAGUGGCCUACCUAGUAUGGAUUCAAGACACAGGCGUGCUGCUCGAUUGCUUACCUGUCUUAACAAACGAUCUUCAAACCGAAGCGCCAUGUUUGUCACUUGGCUGCUGUGUUGACCUCAUGCCCCAAAUCAAAGUGAUUCUUGCCAGUAAAUACGAAGAACACAUAGUGGUGGGUUUACACUGGGUUCAGUCCGUCAUCAGGAAAUGGUGGCCAGAACUUUCAAAGAAUGAGAAAAGACUGCAGGGCAGUUUUUCAGAAGACAGGAAUGUUGAAGUCAUGAGGCAGCGGCUGAAGGACUUGUGGAAGGAAGGAGCCCGAAUAUGUUUGGUUCCAGGAUCCACAGGAGAGCUGGCAAAGGCCAUUGAGGCUUAUCUGUCGCAGCUGCCCUGACACUCGUCUGUGUCGCCCUCAGAGGAUACAACCACUACUGCCGCAUCAUGGCUGUGUUUCCAACUGAUAAUCACAAACGCCAGAGAAAUGGACUGGUUCACGUUAACUCAAACCUCUUACUGGGAUUGAAUUUGACAAUUCAGAUGACUCCCUCAGUGAGAGCUGGAGACUCUUACGGAGGCUCUGAGAGCCUUUCUGCAAAAAGGAGAAUAACGUCAAAUGACUGCUUCACAUUGAAGUGGGACCGUCUUGUGAAGGGGCAUAUUAAGUGGACCUCCAUGAGACUCGGUGUAAUGUUGCUCUAUGAAGUGCCAAGCUCUUUGUUUCUCACGACGCCUCUCUUUGCCCGUGGAACGAUAAUGCACUUGUGGAUGUAACAAAUGCUCCGCUCCGUUUUGUUGUUUUUUUGAGCCUGGGUUCUUCGGAAUCAGGAACUUGAAUCUGUGUCAGUCUUAAGUUAUUAGAGCUUGUUUUCAUUUUUGCCUCUACAUAUGACAUUUGACUGUAAACUAUAAAAACAAAUGAUUCUUUUAAUCUUCUUUUAAUAAAUUGGAUAAAUCAGAA